AUGGGAAACGAAGAUCGAUCCACCAAAAACUCUUCUGCCAGCGUCAUUGAAGUUUCUCCAGAAAUUCCGAACGAAAGCGAAGCACAGGCGGAUCCCGUUGAAAUUAAAGUGUACAAAAAGAGAUGGUUCAUUUUGCUACAAUUCACGUUACUUGCAACCGGAAAUAAGUUCCAGUACCUCCAGUAUACCAUUAUUCAAAGCAUCGUAACAAGAUACUACGACGUAUCAACACUAGCAGUGCAGAGCACAGUCAUUGUGUUCAAUCUAUCGGUGCCGAUUAUGAUAUACCCCUGCACUUUGAUCAUGAACCGCUGGGGCCUGCGACUCACCAUGAUACUAGUGUCAUUGUCCACUUGUCUUGGCACGUGGAUAAAAUACAUAGCAACGUCACCUGACACCUUUGUUUUGGCAGUUCUCGGCCAGACACUCGUCGGAGCCUGGCAAGGGGUAGUGAUAUCCCUGCCCGGAAUACUUGCGGCACGAUGGUUCGGGCCCAACGAAGUUGCCACGGCUACGGGUAUGGGCUUCGUUGGUCAGAAGGUGGGCAUGGCGGCAAUGUCCUUUCUCGUGCCCGCCGUCGUUACAACGGAAGUCAGGGCUGCAGGUAUUCAGAGAUCAGUAUCGGCCUUUGUUUUGGCAGUUCUCGGCCAGACACUCGUCGGAGCCUGGCAAGGGGUAGUGAUAUCCCUGCCCGGAAUACUUGCGGCACGAUGGUUCGGGCCCAACGAAGUUGCCACGGCUACGGGUAUGGGCUUCGUUGGUCAGAAG